GGACAUGAGAUAACCUCGAUAAUAAAUAAUACAAUAUUUUUAAUUAUGAUGAUGUAAAUACUUGAGCUAGAGUAAAUCCAAGUAUUUUAUUUAUUAGUUUUUGUGUCAUACUGUGUCAUGAAUUUAAGUAAAAGUGAAAAGCUGCUGGCCGCUAAGAAAAAGCUCAGGGAAUUUCAGUUGAAUAAAAUGAUGCAGGAUGAUUCUGCUAAACAAAGCCAUCCUCCCAUAGAUUUAUCAUCUUCUCAGUGCCAAAAUGCAGAAACUAAUAAAUUGAACAUAGAAGUUACAAAUAAUACAUCUACUAUAAAAACUUCUGAAAACAACAUACAUACAUUUGAGCAAGAUUUUCAAAUAAAUGAAGUAGUGUCCACAGAUUCAGGGAUAAUUGCAGAAAACAUUAUAAAUCAUGAAAAAUUGCAGAACUCUUUAAACAAUACUACCAAAUUAACACAAGAUAUGCAAGAAAUGAAUUUAAAACUAGAAUUGGAAAAAAAAAUAGAUUUAAAUGAUUUUCCAAAAGUGCAAAAGGAACAUCUCUUGGAAAUGGCUUCUGCAGUUGCAGAUGUGUUGACAAAUGAACCUGAACAUACAGAAACAUCCUUAGAUAGUGAUUUAAUGUGUCGUAACCAAUUUUUAAGUUCCUACUUGGAAGAGCAGAGAAAAAUGAUUAAUGAUUUACAUAUAGAACUUAGUAAUGCUCAUAGCAGAGUUUCAGAGUUAGAAACCAAUUUAGAAGCAAAAGAAACAGAAUUUCAAGCGCAACUAGCGCGAGAAGUAAAUCCUUUAAAAGAACAGCUUCAAGUUCAUACUCAAACAACUGGAAUUCUAAUAGCAGAAAAAGCAGAGCUUUCUGCUGCUCUUAGUCAAGCUCAACAAAGUGUCAGACAAAGUUCUGAAGAAGCUAAGGAAAUGAUGGGGAAAUUAAAAAAUUCACAAAUUCGUAUAGUUGAAUUAGAAAAAGAAAUGUCUGUUACAAAAAAUAGUAAUGAAGAUUUGAAAAAAAGUUUUCAUCAAUUACAAAAUGAAUAUGAUUCCCUCGAUAAAAAAUUUUUUGAAUUAAAGAAGGAAAAGGAAGAUUCAAAUUUAGAAGUAUCAGAAUUAAAACAAAAAUUAAAUUUGAAAAAAACAGAAUUAAUUGCUGUCCAGCAAGAACUUCAAGAGAAAACAGCAUUACUUUCAUUAAGUGAACUUAGAAUACAGCAGAUGAAGGGUGCUACACCAACAGAAGAAGAAAAACAUGCAGUAAUUCUUUUGGAACAAGAAUUGGCACAAACUAAGGAAUCUCUAAAAGUUGUUAAUACUGAAAAAGAUGAAGCCAAUAAACAAUAUCAGAAUUAUGUUAAACAAUUGGAUGCACAGCAAACUAAAUUGUUAGAUGAGAUAAAAGUACAGAAAAUGACUAUAGAAGAUUUGCAAGAAAAAGAACAAAGUUAUGUGCAAAGACUAUCAGAACUUGAGCAAUUGCUGCAGCAAGAAAAAGAAAAAGUUGAAAAUCUGUUGCCUUUACGAGAUCGUAAAGAUCAAUUGGAUAAUCUGUUGAAAAAUAUAGAUGAACUCACAUUGGAACAAGAAAAACUUCAUAUUAUAUUAUCUGAAAAAGAUUCACUAAUUGAAAUAUUAACGAAAGAUAUAAAUGAUUUACGAGAAGUAAGUAAUCAAGAAGCAGAAGUAACAAAGUUGGCUACUGCCCUUGAAAGUGAACAACUAGGUGCAUCCAGAGCAGUUCAUCAAAAUCGACAGUUAAAAGAACAAUUGACCGACAUGGAAAAUGCUUUUGUAUCUCUAAGUAAUGCUAAAUUGGAUUUGACUGAACAACUUCAAGCAGAACGUUCUAUAGGACGAAAAUUAAACGCUCAGUUAAAUAAUGUAGAAACUGAAUUAGAACAACUGAAAGAAAAACUCAAGGAAAAGGAACUUAUGCUUCAUGACUAUGAAAAAGAAAGAUUUCGAACUUUUCAGCUAGCAGAUCAAAUGCAAUAUUAUCAAGCACAGUCACAUCACGCGGAUACUUUUCAACGAGAACUUCAACAUGCUUUAGUUACUAUAGAAAGACUAGAAAAGGAAAAACGGGCACUUGCAGAAAAAUUAAAAGAAAAGAAUCAAGACAGUAUUGUUUCUGAAGUCGAUUCAUAUUCUAUUAAUGCUAGUAAUAAUGAAUCAAGUCUGGAAGAAAGUGCCCACUUAGAAGAAUUAAAAGACGAUAAUGUUAUAAUGUCAGAAUCUGUAAAACAACUUGAACAAAGAUUUAAAGAAACAAUGGAAAGAGUUGCAGAGCUUACAGAAGAAAAACAAAAACUUGAACAUCUUGUUUUACAACUACAAAGUGAAACCGAUACAAUAGGAGAAUAUAUAGCAUUAUACCAGAUACAAAGAGCAGUUUUACAAAAUAGGGCAAGAGAAAGAGAGCAAAUAUUUCGACAGUUACUUGAGCAAAGAAAUCAGCAACAAGAGCAACUGCAUAAAUUAAAAGUCUUGGUUAGUGAUUUCCUUAAAAAUGAAUUUAUACAUUCCAAUGGAACAGAGUGUUUAAUGGAAACAGAUGUGGAUUCCAAUGAUUCUGUAGCUCUAAAAAGCAAAAAAGAAAUAAUAGACUCACAAACAGAAAACAAAAGUGUUUCAGAAAUUCUAGAUGUUUUAACAGAGAUAAAAGAUUGUAAGGACUCCUGUAUGUUUGAACCGAAUUUCCAUCCAUGUCCUUGGUGUUCUGGCAAAUUACUCACAGUAUAAAAGAUAUGUUCUAUGCAUAUCUUAUAUUUUUAGUAUAGGAUAUUGAUAUAGGAUUUUUA